UUGAAUUUUGACACCUUCGUCCAGCCUUGCUUGUGUCUCCCAUUCUCCGGAAAACCUGAAAGAUACAGUACCCUCGUUGCAGUCUCGGUGCCAGAUACCCUCAUUAUUCUUCUAGACUACUAGUAUUUGAAAGUCCAGAAGAAGAUGAAGGAGCCUCGCCUCAGUAUCAAUAAGCGUCUUGCUACCAAGGCCAAUCUACCCUUGAACAAGUAUCGCAAGACUUUGAAACCACAAAAGAAAAAGAAGAUAGACACUGCAUCCGAGAAGGUUGUUCUGGGUCCUCCUCCCGUUCUCAAGAAACUGGAAGAUCCCAUUUUGGAUGGAAUCGUCCAGGUUGCGAAAGCCCACUGGCCUCCUCGGUGCUAUCCUUAUCUGGUUGGAUUAGAUAAUGCCGUUCAAGUCGCCGACUAUUACUACCGCGAAUACCUGCCGGGACAAUCUCCCGUCAUUUCACCAGUGGCAGAACAAGAUCGGCCCCGAUUGAUCUUUUUGAGCGAAUCGCAUGCCCGCACUAAUCCCAGUCUCGUGGGAAAACCCAUUCUACCGCAGUAUCAACAUUUGGUACCUCCGAAAUACCAAAAGGGGCAUUUGAACUUGAUUCAUUCGCUCAGUUACGGAGAAGCCUGGUUGGCCGGUAUUCAAAACGACAAGAGUGCCGCGGCCGGAACUUACAAGUUUUGGCAAGUGUUCAACAUUCUCGCGGGAAUCCAACAAGAAAUUACCGACGAGAAUCUGGAGGCUCUCAUGGCACCCGUCAUGAAGGGCAAAAAUUAUGACAUGGAGACAACACUCCAUCAGGCCAACGAAACGAUUACUGACGAGACUAUGGAGGCGCUCAAGGCCCCGGUCAUGAACGGCGGAGACAAGGAGACGACUGCCGACGAGAAUAUGGAGGCGCUCAAGGCAUCCGUUGUGAAGGUCAAGAAGCAAAAGAAGGACAAGGAGACAAGACUCCAGGAAAAGGAGGCACGUCGCCAGGAAAAAUUGAACAAGGAGCAUCAGGUCAAUGCUGAACGUCUCCAGGCAAAAAUUGACAUUUUGGAACGAAUGGAACAACGUGGCAUCAAACUCGUCGACUUGACACCUGUGCACAUUUAUCUUUCCUCGAAAACCAUUACCAAAACCAACCAGGAAAAAGGAACAACCUACACCACUCGCAAGGCCGUCAUCAAGGGGGGGCCCGAACGGGCCAUUAUCCGACAUUCCUGGGAGAAGUACAUCAAACCCUAUUUGGCCACGUACCGUCCCCAUCAAAUUGUCGUUUUGGGCAAGAGUCUGAGGGACCUCGUUCAAGAGAAACAUAUUCAACAGUUCACCCAAAGCAUUGGAGUGGAGUAUCUCGGGACACGAAAUCAUCCCAGUCAUCAUUUCACACGAGAAGAGCGGAUUGAGGAAUUCAACUGGAUCCGACGCACUGCCAACAAUUCGCAGGGUGGUGGCAAAUAAUCAACUAGCUAGAAGAUUGGAAACCCUUGGAUGGCUCUUGUGCACUCCUGGCUCUGCCCCUAUCACUACUGUAGUUCAUGGCUCAGUAGUGAUUGUAUCAGUGUUGUGUACUUACGGCGCUAUAAAUUAAAAGUUAUUCAUUAAUGGUCU